GGGGGCGGGCAAAUGCUUUAACCUAUCCACCGAAGCCAAUGAUUUUGGCUGUCACACGCCUUCAGCCUUCGCAAGAGAAGGACGUGCUUAGGCUACUUUCACAGUUUGCCGGUAUUAGUUCUAACCGAAUUCUAGUGUGGCUGGGUGAAUGAAUUGUAUUAGCCUAAAAUGCCUGGUGCUUCACUGAAAAGAGUGCUUGAAGACUAGAGACUAUGAGAGCGCCAGCAUGAAGUCCGCGACAUAGCCCGCUCGCAGAGGAAUUCGCUUUGUUUAGUCAACGACCGCGUUCAGCACCUUCACUCACUCAGAAUGGAUAAUUCAGAAAAGGGAAAUAAAUCUGACGAAGAUUCGGAAUCGCCAGAAGAAGAGGAGGUGGACCCCAGAAUUCAGGGUGAAUUAGAAAAACUGAAUCAGUCCACAGACAACAUCAACAGAUGGGAAACAGAGCUGGAGGACUCGCGGCAGAAGUUUCGUGCCGUCUUGGUGGAGGCCACCAUGAAGCUGGAUGAACAGGUGAAGAAGAUCGGCAAAGCCGUGGAGGAGUCCAAGCCGUACUGGGAGGCCAGACGAAUGGCCAGACAGGCCCAGGUGGAGGCCCAGAGGGCCACUCAGGACUUCCAGAGGGCCAUCGAGAUCCUGCGGGCGGCCAAAGAGACCAUCGCGCUGGCCGAGGAGCGGCUGCUGGAGGAGGACAGCCGGCAGUUCGACUCCGCCUGGCAGGAGAUGCUCAACCACGCCACGCAGCGGGUGAUGGACGCGGAGCAGACGAGGACCCGUAGCGAGCUGGCACACCGGGAGACGGCGGCCAAGUACAACGCCGCCAUCAGUCACAUGAAGCAACUGGAGAAGAAGUUCAAACGCACCAUCAACAAGUCCAGGCCGUAUUUUGAACUGAAGGCAAAGUAUUACCUUCAGUUGGAGCAACUGAAGAAGCAGGUGGACGAGCGGCAGGCCAAACUGACCCAGGCCAAGUCCGAGUACCGCACGGCCCUCCGUAACCUGGAGACCAUCUCCGACGAGAUCCACGCCCGCCGCCGCCUCUCCGCCAUCGGCCCACGGGAGCGCGGCGUGGGCGCCGAGGGCGAUGGGUCUGGGGACGACAUCGCCAACUUCAAAAUGGAGUCGGACGGCAUCUCCAUGAUGUCCGAGACCUUUGAGGAGGAGGGCAGCAAUGGCGUCUCGUCAGAGGAGGACCCUGAGACCCAGUCCACCUGCAGCCGCAGCAGUUCCUGCCCCAACACGCCCCUGGAGCUCCCUGGCCCCCACCCCUUCUCCCCCGCCUGCUCCUCCACCUCCACCUCCACCCCCUCUAGCGCCUCCGCCUCGUCCCCUUCCUUGUCCUUGUCCUUGUCCUCGCCUCGCCCGCUCUCCUCCUCCUGCCCGUACCCUUCGUCCUCGGCUUCCUCGUCCUCGCUGUCGUCCCCGGGCCCCGGGACCCUGGAGCUGCAGGACGCCGGCUCGCUGGAGGGGCUGGGCCAGGUGUCGCUGGUGCUGGGCCCGCGCAGCGAGUGCAGCGGAGCGUCCUCGCCAGAGUGUGACCAGGAGCGAGGAGACCGGGCAGAGGGGAUUGAAGGGAAGCCCGACCCCCCCAGCGUCACGUCCCCCCCCAUUCAGAAGAGCUCACUGCUGGAGGAGAGGCUGAACAAACUGUCCCUAGAAAGUGCAGAGGCCGAGGACUCCGAGUCUGACCCUUUCACUGUGACCUCUAACCCCGCGCCGACCCCUCCCAUGCUUGUGGUGAAUGGGGUCUGAAGGAGGGCCAGUUACCCCCCUUACCACCCCUCCCCCCUCCACCUCCCUAAAGCAUCAAGAGGACAAGACAGAAUCCUCACUCCUCUUACCUAAGACUUGUCCCAAACACUACCGUUUGCCAGAAUAAUCUCUGUCUGUCUCAUGGUCAUCAUUGUGUCCUGCGUCAGGUGGGAUGAUGACUGCUAGGCCACCUCAUAAUCUUUUUGUGUCGUGGUCAUCUGUGUCCUGUGAUGGGACUAUGACUGCUAGGCCACCUCAUAAUCCUUGUUUGUGUCGUGGUCGUCUCUUUGUCCUACAUAAAGUGAGACUAUGACUAUGACUAUGAGACCACCUUUGUCAGUGUUUCCAGAAUAUUCUGCCUCUACGAUGGUUGGAAGACGAAACACAUAAAAGCCAAUGGACAGUAUUAAAGACUUGAUGAAAAAGAUGUGUGACAUCCAGGACACUACACGCGUGUGCAACUGAAACCUUUUGGUAGUCUGACGGAUCUUAGUUGGUUGUUGUUGUUUUUUCUCUGUCCAUACCUUGUCACCUACCGCGCAAAAACCUACCAUUGGGUUUAAUCUGUGUUGUUUUUUUAAUGUGUAAUAUUCUGACGCUCCACCAUGUACAAAGUGUUUGAUGUAUUGUAAAACAAAAAAUACUCUGAUGACCUUUCCAAUGUAGUACCCCACUAUUUUUUUCAUGCUACUAGUAUUAAUGGUCCUGUGUAGUUUUCAAGGUAUAAACAUAUAUCUAUAUAUUUAUAUUCAAUGUCUGGAUCGUUUGUUGACCAGUGUGUUGUCACCACAGCAGAGUCCCUUGUCAGUCGGAAUAAUAAACACAUGUUUGC